GUAGACCUCAGCCUCAGCGCCCCCAGCCUCGCCACCUACAACGCCAGCACGCCCCCGAAGGCCCACCCCUGCGCGGGCGGCGGCUGCGUGGGCGUGUCCCGUCGCGUGGGCGUCUGCAGCAACAACUUCACGAUGGUGGACAAUUCGCCCCUCGCCACCCUGGGGGGGUAUUUGGCCGUGCGUCUGCUCAACGUCUUCACCCUGGCCACGACGGGCACGCUCUUCAACGGCGCCGCGGUGGCCAUUCUGAAGCAGCACGACGGGGACUAUGGCCUGCAGAAGGUCUACGGGAGUCUCGGGUCCAUCGUUCUCACGCCCAUCUCGGGUCUGCUCAUCGACGUGUUCUCCGACGCCUCCGGGAGACAGGACUUCAGACCCGCCUUCUUCCUCUACUUCGCCCUCAAGCUGGCAGGAUCCAUCUGCAUCCUCUUCCUCAAGCUGGACUUCAAGAUGCCCUCCAACCGGGUCAUGAAGGAUUUCCGGUCCAUCGUCAAGAAACCGGAAAUUAUUACGUUCCUGAUGGUCAUGCUCAUAUCAGGAGCAUGUUUCGGAGUCCUGGACACCUUCCUGUUCUGGCUCCUGCAGGACAUGGGUGCCAAGAAGUCCCUCAUGGGCAUCACGGUCUCAGUGGGCACGGCAGCGGGCAUCCCCAUCUUGCUAGUGUCUGGACAAAUGAUCCAGAAGUUGGGACACGUCAACACUAUCAUCCUUGGCUUCGCUUUUUACGUUAUCAGGAUGUUGGGUUAUUCCCUCAUCACAAACCCGUGGUGGAGUCUUCCCUUCGAAAUGCUGGAGUGUUUCACCGUGUCCCUCAUGAGCACGGCCGCUGUCACCUACACCGCCGACCUGUCCACGCCCGCCACCAUCGCUAGUCUGCAGGGGAUGUAUGGCGGAAUCCAUUAUGGCGUCGGACGCGGCUUGGGUAGUCUGCUGGGCGGGUUCCUGAUCGGCCCGCUUGGUAUCCGCACCACCUUCAGACUCAUGGCCAUCGUGUGUCUCGUCACCUGCAUAGCGUAUUUCGUGAUCAAUCGGUCAUUCUUCCGAAAGCACCAGUUGGAGAGGAAGAAGCAGCGGGCCGAGGAGAAGCAAGAGGAAAAGAAAGAGGAAGAAGCACAGAAAAACGCGGUAAAUAUGACCGAGAAUGAUCCAGAGGUCGCCAUAAAGAGUAUUUCCACAGAAAACGGUGUGACGGAUGGGAAGACCAAAGAAAAUGGUGUAACGGAUGGGAAACCCAAAGAAAACGGGGAUAAAAGCCUGAGAGAAGAGUCAAAUCCUGCUUUUGAGAAUGACGAAGAAAAAUAAAAUAAACUAAAAUUGAGAUAGAUAUAUUGUUUGUACAUAUAUAUGUAUAUAAUAGAUACUUAUAGAUCAAUAUGUAGAUAGUUACAUAGAUUAACUGAUAGACUGAUAGACUGAUAGACAGAGGUAGACAUUUUAUAUGGUAGAUUUGUAGAAAUAACUUAGUAGCCUGGCUUUAAUGGAACUGAUUUUUAGUGUUUUUUAUCUCUCCCAUUUCUUCACUCUCUCCCUCCUUUCAUGUUUUAUACAUGUACAGAAUCUUUAUUUAUUACUUUCAUAUAGAACCAGCAUUAUGGAUAAUGUUUUCUCAUAGCAUUUAAAAUACUCUACCUUUACUUUCACUUUGUCUUUUUCCUUUAAAUAAAAGUUUAUAAACUUA